AUGGACGUGGAGAUGCGCGAGAGCGGGCGGCGCCGCGCGCCGCGCCGUGCGCCUGCGCAGCGUGCGGCGCCGUACGCGCGCGAUGCGCCGCGUAGUGUGCUGAGCAUCAAGGGUGCCUCGGGGCCGACGUGGAUCAUUGUCGCGAACCUCGUGCGGGGCACGUCGCUCGAAGACGUGCGCCUGACCUUUGACCCGAUCGGGCGGGUGCAGGAGGUGCGCGGCUACAAGAUGCCGAACCUCGCGAGCAACGCGGUGGCGUUUCAGGUGGCGUUCGAGCAGCGCAGCGACGCGGUCGCCGCGUGCCGCAAGUACGACGGCGUGCUCGCCGACGGACGCGUGCUCCAGGUGACGCUGCAGGGCGCCGAGCCCGCCGUGCGCGCACCGGAGCCCCCGGCAAAGGUCGUCCGCGCGGAGCCGCCAAAGUCGAUGCGCAGCACGGACGCGUCGCUGCCGAUCGACGUCCGCCGCCGCCUCGCCGAGGCCGAGGCACGCUACCUCAAGGAGACCGAAAAGAUCCUCACCACCAAGGGCGAGCCGGCCAAGGCUACCAAGGCCGCGAAGCCAACCGCGCUCAAGGACCGCCUCUCGGGUCUGCCGCUCGCACAGCGUCUGCAGGCCGAGCAGGCCAAUGAGGUCAAGGGCAAGAACAAGAGCAAGAAGCCCCGCCGCAAGACCGGCGCGAUGGACGUCGACCAGUAG